AUGGCCCCUGGCAGCAGCGCGGCUGUGCAGAGGGCGGAGAGAGAGGAGCUGCGCGCGCGCCUGCUGGCGCUGCACGCCCCUAGCAAGGGCUGGCGCUCCGCUAGAGAUGCUCCUGGGCCGGUUGAGGAGCAGGGGAAGGGGACGGGGAAGGGGAGGGAGAAGGGGGUAGGGAAGGGGAAGGAGAAGGGGAAGGAGAAGGGGAAGGGGAAGGGGAAAGGGAAGAAGGGAGGGAAGAAAUCGGGGAAGGAUCGGUGGGAGGAUGAGGAGGAUGAUUGGAUUGUUGAGGAUGAUAUAGAAGAGGAGAUAGAGGAGGAGAUUGAGGAGCUAGAGGGAUUAGAGCUGGAGGAGGAAGAGGAGGAGGAUGAGGAGGUGUUUGUGGGGAGGAAGAGGAAGGGUUCGAAAGGGAGGCAGAAGAAGGGAGAGUGGGUGAGGCGGUCGGAGCGGGCGAGAAGGCCGGCUAGGUAUGUUCAGAGCGAGGAGUGGGAGGGCGAGGAGGAGUGGGGAGAUGGCGAGGGUGAUGGGGGCGGAGGAGGAGGAGGAGGAGGCGGGGGAGGUGGAGGGGGAGGAGGAGGAGAGGAGGGGGAAGAGGAGGAGGUAGUGGUGACAAGGAGGAGUGUGCGCGCAGCAGGCAGGGCAGCUAUCGCUGCAGCGCUGAAACAGAAGAUUCUUGCGUCUGCUGGGCGAACGCAGGGUCAGAAGGGGCAGAAGGGGGAGAUGGAGGAAACAGGGGAGAAGAGGGAGAGAGGACUGGAGGGUGGGUAUGCUGAGACGGACGAGUCUGCUGCGAGGCUGAUAUCGCAGGACGAUGUGUCGGCGGCGUGUGGGGAGAGCGUGCAGCUGAAGGGGUACCAGCUGGUGGGAGUCAACUUCCUGCUGCUGCUGUACCGACAGAAGGUUGGAGGAGCAAUCCUUGCGGACGAAAUGGGCCUCGGCAAGACUGUGCAGGCGGUGGUUCUGCUGGGGCUGCUUUCUCACCUUGACAACAACCCCGGGCCCCAUUUAGUGGUUGCUCCUGCGUCACUUCUCGACAACUGGCAGCGCGAGCUGCAGCGCUGGUGCCCGCAGCUGCGCGUGGUGCUGUACCACGGGGGGCAGAGGACAGCGCUGCGGGAGCUCGCCGCCCAGAGAGACGACCGGAAGUUUCUGCGCAGGUUCCGGUUCUCGUGUGUUCUGAUGGACGAGGCGCACUUGUUGAAGGACAGGAACAGCCAGCGCGCCAUGAAGCUGCGGCAGCUGGCACAGGCGGCGGAUUACAGGCUCAUGCUCACAGGGACGCCCCUUCAGAAUGACUUGCAGGUGAGUAUUUCUGCAUGCUGUGCUUUGGAGUCCACUCAAAUGUCUGAUGCAUGGACGAGGCGCACUUGUUGA